AUGAAGAGGCAUAAAGCGUGCAUUAAAAGAUGUUUAAAGACAGCUGAAUUUGGCUUUACCGGAAAGACAUUUCUUUUGGUAGGCUUCAGAAGAGACCGUUUGUCCUCCUUCGCACUCUCCCUCCGUCUUCUUCCGUCGUUGAGGGCAACUGAGUCUCGCUGUCCCGGUCUUUCGGUCGGUCUGAGGAGAAAUGAAAGCCCACAAAAGACGACACUCGCAUUAUCCACUUUCUUGUUCCCCUCGUGCCGCUCGCCUCCCCCCGAUCGGUCGGAAAUGAAGAAAUCUGUCCCGUCGAAGACCCCUCAUUUGAACUGGACUCCGAUUUGGCGAGAAGCCGAGCCCCAGUUGCCCACCCAACACAGUCGUCCGCAUCGGUCGCCGAAGCUGUCCUACAAAGUGAUGGUUGAGAGUUCUCAAACGAUCCGAUGA